AAUACGUCGUCUGAAAGCGUCUUUUUGCGCAUGCGCAUGUCUGAUUCUUCCUUUCCGACACUCGAGCGAAAAGAGGCAAGAUGGGCCAUCAGCAGCUCUACUGGAGUCACCCGAGAAAAUUCGGCCAGGGAUCCCGCUCCUGCCGAGUGUGUUCAAACAGACACGGCUUGAUCCGUAAAUACGGACUCAAUAUGUGCCGCCAGUGCUUCAGACAGUACGCCAAAGACAUCGGCUUCGUGAAGCUGGAUUAGAUGUGCUGUGCUGACAUCCACAGAGGAUUAUUGGAAGGCUGGCCAAGAUGGAAGACAUUCAACACUUCUAAAUAAAUGUUCCUUUUUUUUUUGUCUAACCACAAUGAGCCGAGUUGUUAUUCAGUGUCCAAACACGUGGUUCUCAA